AUGGAGCUUCUAUAUUUUUAUUUUAGGAUAAUUUUUAAAAGAGGAGAAUGAUAAGUGGUAGGGACUAGGGAGUAUGGACUAGGGAGGACGCCCAUUGUAAGGGUGCCCUUAUAUCCUAUAGGUGAAGCAGAUAGGGUUUGAACUGAAUCGCUGACAGGGGAGAGGGAAGAGUGCGAGUCGAGCGUGUCGAGCGAGUCGGAUAGAGUUAGAGAGCGAGUUAGGGUUUGUUAAUCUGAAUUGCCGAAGGUCAGUGAGUGCGCUUAUAUUUCUUCUGUAACGUUUUUAGGUAAAUGUGUAUGCUUCACCUGAGAAUUACGGGAAAAUGGUGAGUUUUUUGUGGUAUAUGAUGAAGAUGAUAAUGUUUAUGCGUGAGAAAGAGGUGUGUAUAUUGUGUGCAGGAUUUCCCCUUGUCUUCGAGUGUGAGCGCUUGAUUUGUAGAGAGGGAGGUUGUGGGAUCGAGAGAGCGCAAGAACAACAGAAGAGAGAAAGUUUGAGUAAAAGUCUAGUGACUUUUUAGAUUUGUUGUUGCACCCCUUUUUGCCAUGUCUGAGAGGAAGCUUGUUGUUUUGGGCAUCCCAUGGGAUGUGGAUACAGAGCGCUUACAAGAAUAUAUGCGCGAAUUCGGGGAUGUGGAAGACUGUAUCGUGAUGAAGGAAAGAUCCACUGGCCGUUCUCGUGGAUUUGGAUAUGUGACAUUUGCUACCGUUGAAGAUGCUAAGAAUGCCCUAUCGAAGGAGCAUUUACUUGGAAACAGAACGCUGGAAGUUAAAAUUGCAACUCCAAAGGAGGAGAUGAAGGCACCUGCCAAGAAGGUGAGCAGGAUUUUUGUGGCAAGGAUACCACCAGCCGUAACAGAAUCUAUGUUCAGAAGCUAUUUUGAGAAAUAUGGUGAUAUAACAGAUCUAUACAUGCCAAAGGAUCCAUCCUCAAAGGGCCAUCGUGGAAUUGGUUUCAUCACUUUUUCUAAUGCCGAGUCAGUUGAUGACCUGAUGACUGAAAGCCAUGAACUGGGAGGUUCAACUAUUGUUGUUGACCGAGCAACUCCAAAGGAGGAUGAGCCAAGGCCAGUAAGCCGUAUGCCUCAGGUUGGUGGAUAUGGAGCAUACAAUGCUUACAUCAAUGGAGCUACUAGAUAUGCUGCCCUUGGUGCUCCUACAAUGUAUGACCAACCAGCUUCUCUGUAUGGAAGAGGUUUACCCUCGCGUGGAAUGGGGAGAAAGAUAUUUGUUGGAAGGCUUCCUCAGGAGGCAACUGUAGAAGAUCUCCGCCAAUACUUUGGUCGGUUCGGCCGUAUUUUAGAUGCUUAUAUUCCUAAGGAUCCCAAGCGCUCCGGUCAUAGAGGUUUUGGUUUCGUUACAUUUUCUGAUGAUGGUGUUGCCGACCGUGUUUCUCGAAGAUCUCAUGAGAUUUGUGGACAUCAGGUUGCAAUAGAUUCUGCCACACCACUUGAUGAAGAUGCUGGACCAAGUAGUUCUGUUAUUACCGAUACUCACCCAGAACCAUAUGGGACCUAUGGUGGCCCAAUGCGUACCUAUAGCAGGAUGUAUGGGGCCAUGGGUUUCGAUGAUUGGGGAUAUGGAUUCGGUGGUGGCAUGGGUGGUGGCAUGGGUGGUGGUGGUUUUGGGCGAGGGAGAUCUUCCCGGACAGAUCUGAGGUAUAGGCCUUACUAGUACCACACGAUACAAAAUGUGGCCCCUUUCUGAUAGCAGCAGGCAUGUUAGUGUGCUAUAUUAGCACUCUCCCAAAGAAAUGAAAUGCUGAGGCUGGUGGAGUUAUUCUUGAAUCGUUUGAUUACGGUGUAACGUGCAUGGUUGAGGUUUUUUUUUAAAAAAAAUCUUAUUUUAUGGGCAAUCAAUUAGGCUUUUGUUGAACCCUAGAACUCUAGAAUUGGAUCCUACAGCUUAAUGUAAUGUAUACCAUUGACUCACAAUUUUCAAUGUUAUUGUUGAGCUUGUUGCUUUAGCUAUGAAUGCCCACAAGGCAUAUACAUUUUGAUUUUCUUGUAUCUUUGUACCAGAUUGUGUCUUAUGCCAUUUCUUUGUGAUAC